AUGAGAUACGGUACCAAUGCGACAACUAUCCAACUCACCUUAAUCGCUGCCUUGGAGGCGACGAUACACAACAUCGGCACUCAGGAUUCGAUCAACCUUCACAUUAUAGGUGCCGUUAGAAGUGAAUUUGCCUCUGUUCUUGCAUUUAAGGAGCUAUUGCAUCUUCUACUGUCGCUUACAGCACUUCAGUUAUCAUUUGUGGGUUUGAAUGUAGAAACCCAGACGCCAUCCACAAUUCAGUGCUGCACUGUGUGUACCAAGAUGGGACGGUCGAUUUCCAUUACCACCUGGAGAGGUCCGUAUCACGCAUACGUCGAUACCGAAUUCUACAAGACGCCAGAUCUAGCAGCAGCCUUCCACUCAGGAUUUUCGGUAGAUGAACAAGCGGACUGGUACCCAACCAUUAAGUAUCUUGCACAUGCUCCACAUCCAACACUCUUUGCUGCGGGUAGAUACUUUGAGAUUGAGGGAGAGAUGAGAGUUUGGAAGAGUCUGGGGGCGAAAUUUAUGAGGAACGCUAAAGCAAAUAAGUGGAAGGGGAUGUCUCCUUCGCUCUCAGUGUGUGGAGACAAGUCAAAUGAGGUCACUUAUAAAAAUCAUUGGUGGUAUAUUGUGAAACAAAGGUGA